GACAAUAUCCUUACCCUCGAAAAUAUAUCCAACAAGUCCUCGUCCUCGAAAUUGUUACGAAAAUGUGAGCAACAUUUCUUGUUUAUCUCUUCGAAAUAACUUCAUGUCAUGGCUGCAUGGCUUGUCCGCGACAUUCAUUCAUCGCCCGUGCAUUGGUCCAUGUCAUCACCAUCCCUUCAUGUGAAUCACCUACGUUGCGGGCUUUAUUGGGUUGCAAGAACUCAUGAAGGCCGAUGUACGACGGAGAAUAGUGUAGCUGGACGGGUUACGCUUGUGCUUUGAAUGUCUGUUUCGUAUGGUGUUUCCGCUUCACAAAGGAUCUGUUGACAGCUGUCAUUCGAGUCCUCGUCGUGAACAAGUCUAAUCGCCUUCAUGACUUAGGGAGGGUCCUCUACCACCAGACAACACUGUCCACAGUAUGACCGCCACCCUCGCCUCCCAGCCACUAUCGCUCUCCGGGGGCACUCCGCAGCCCGGAGAUGUAGUCGCUCACCUGCAGCCCCAAGCCACAGUUGUGCAGCCGGAACAGCCUGUGAAACGUCGUCCGGGUCGUCCGAAGGGUAGCGGCAAGAAGGCCAUCGACCUCAGUACGGAGCCCAAGAUCAAGCGUCCCGUUGGGAGGCCUAGGAAGGAUGGUUUGCCUGCGGGCUCGGUGGGGCCGAAGAAGCCGGGCAGACCGAGGAAGAGGGCCCCAGGGAGUUUUGCCACUCCGACGAAUCUGCAGUCACCCGGGCCACCAUAUCCACCCCCAGCAUUCGUUGAUCCAGCGCAAUGGGCCUCGAUAUCGGCACCGAUGGCGUCCCUGAGUGUGCGAGCACCUCCGAGUAUGAACUUCCCCCUUGACCCCAGCCUCGAUCGCGACAACUGGGCCGAGCUCGCGAGACACCGUACGGACGCGUUCUUGCACGCUUUGGUGACCGCGCUCUCCGCCCCCAACCCGGUCUCCGCUGCGGGCUCGAGCGUUGAAGAUGCUUUUCGGGCACACCUGGCGUCGCUGACUCCGAACCCAAAGAAUAACAACAUGCCCAGCAUUCCUGCACUAUACUCCAUCCUGAAGACCUUUUGGCUGCCGUCUUCGCCUGCCUACUUCGCCCUUACGGCAUCCGCGUCGACCCAGCGAAGCACCCCUUCUGAGUAUCGUUUCCUCUACUGGGACCCCCAACCACUUGUCUUCAACGGCAUCGCCUGUCCCAUCUGUGCGACGCCCCUCAUUAACAAGGGCCGUAUCAGUUCUGGGCCGAUCAAGAUUUACGACCUCGGCAAACCAUUCUUUAUCAUAGGCUGCGAGUACGUCUGCCGCUCGCUGGUGUGCCUGCCCGGACAGCAAGGAGAAGGUCGUCGCUUCGCAAGCACAGACACUUCCAUCUUACGCGCUCUUCCUACGAAGCUCAAGGACGAGUUCCCGGCGCGGCUCAUUCAGGGUGCCGGACCGACUCCUGAUAUGGGACCCGGUGCGGACGUCUGGAGCUGGAGGGGCAUGGGGGUCUCUACUGGGCUCUGGGACAUGGUCAGGGUCUCGUUGCGUUCGGGCUUGCAUAAGGAUGUUAUCUUGGGUGUCGUUCACGCGGUGAUACAGGGGCUGCCAGACGAGCCCUGGGCCAUGCAACCAUCACAGCUCGGGAUGGAGGAGAAGCGGGACAAUGCAGAAGAGCCCGAAGCGGCCGAUAUGUCCAACACUAAUGAGGGCCAAGGUCCGUCUAAUGAGGAUGAUGAGCAGGAAGUUGAUAACACACUAAACAAGGGGGGACCUGAAACCGAGGAAUUCCAAGAAGCCUGGGCUACUCAGAAUAAUCAGCCUGAGGCAAGUGGUAGCACCAUGCCUGAGGCUGGGCCAAGCGACCCAAACAUGAAUAAUCAAGUCGCCGUUCCGCCUCCCCCUGCAGACUACAACCCAUACGCGCCUCCGCCCAAUCCCUAUGGUAUUCCAUUUGGCUACCCGCCUUAUGGAUACUAUCCGCCCCCUCCCGGGCACCCGCCUCCUCCUCAACCUCCCAGCACUCUGAAGAGGACGUUCGCUUUGGUCGACAGUGACGGAACUGAACCUACCCCGCGCCGUGUGCGGCACUGUGUCAAGUGCGGCUCGAACGAGUGUAAGGGUAAAGGUGGCCGCACCUUCUGCGUGAACCCUUGCCAGGAUUGCGGGAAGUUGGAUUGCAAGGGUAGGAAUAGCAAGCGCCCAGACCGAACAUGCGCAGAUGCUUGGUCGCCCACCGAAUCGUCGUCGUCGUAAGAUCGCGAUCUGCUGUCAGCGACGUGCAUGUAUGUUUUCCGCACUUAUGGUCGCGAUCACGCCUUCAUACCUGUACUUCUACAAAAUUUGAAUGACAAAUGAGAGCUGC